CAGGCUAACAGCCCUGUGACAGGCUUCACCUACCAGAGGGAGAGGGCGAGAGAGAGAUUAAGAGAAGGGAAGGCAGAAGGCGAGACAGAGGGAGCAGCUGAGAAGGAUCCCAGGGACCCGGUACUGAUCCCACAGCUGAGCACCGACUGCAGAAAGGACUCGGGUGAGCUGCAGCUUUGACAGCAGUCGGGGUAGAAGAGGACCUCUGGGGUGGCACACGCAGAUCGCUAAUACCUGUGACCAAGAGACCUCUUGAACAGCUAUGAAGAGCUCUGUGGUCUGAGUCAACGGACAAAGCCACUGUGGUCCUGGGAGAUGCAGUAUUGACUUCAAGCAGGAUCAUCUCAGAAGCUCAACCUGUAAGGAGAACCUGUAGUCUGUUUGUGCUGACCAUAGGCAGCUGAGAAAAGCAUCAUGACAAGCCAUCAGGCAGUAAAAUCCUUCAAGAAAUCUUCUGUCCCAGGAGUUGUCAUCACCCAGUUUGUGGAUGAUAUUCCAAAAGGAUGCAGUACACCUGACUUUGAGCGGAAACCUGUCACUCUGACAUUGCAGGAAGGUAAAAAUGCCAUUUUCAGAGCUGUGGUCAAAGGUGUCCCAACCCCUGACGUGAAAUGGACACGUGUACAAGGAGGAAUGGAUGAUCCUGCCAAAUACGAAACAUUCUUCAAUAAUGUUACAAAUGAAUUCAUUCUGCAGAUAAACAGGCUCACUACACAUGACAGUGAUCUGUAUCGUUGCUUUGCUGUGAAUGAAUAUGGGGAAGCUGCAUGCUCUGCUGGCCUCAGGAUCAUACAAGUUGGCUUUAAAAGGAAAGCGAAAUAUAUUCCUGUUCAUCCUGCUGAUGAGUUAAAGAAGCAGCUUCAGGACUUCAGGAAGCUGCUGAGGAAGCGGGCCCCAGCACCAAGACCAAAACUCUUGGACAAAGAAGCAGUCUGGCAACUGUUGCUGCAUGCAGAUAGGAAAGAUUAUGAGAAAAUCUGUAUGAAAUAUGGAAUUGUUGACUUCCGUGGGAUGCUGAGAAAGCUGCAGGAGAUAAGGAAGGACACAGAGAGUGAACAAGGAGAGUUAAUACACAGUGUCAAAAACUUUCAACACAUCAAAGUCAACAAGGAGGGAAAAGCUAUGUUCAGUCUGGAGGUGGACCUGAAAAACAGUAACAGCAAAGUUUAUCUGCUUAAGGAUGGUAAGAGGCUCAGAUAUGGAAUGGGGAGUGAAUACAGAAAGUACUGCCUGAGGCGAAUUGGAAAAAGGUAUAAUUUCAUUGUCAACGACGUGCAGCCAGAAGAUGCAGGCUUAUAUCAAGUCAGAGUGGAGGAUGUACCUGUUUUCUCAACUGAACUGGAUGCUGAAUCCAUCCCUGUGAGAUUUGAGCAGCUACUCAGUGAUGUGCAUUGUCCUGAGGAAGAAGAUGCUGUCUUUGAGUGUAUCCUACGCACGCCCUGCUACGAUGCUGUGUGGCUACACAAAACCCACCUCCUCGAGGCAAGUGAGAAGCACCAGAUCUCCGUAACACCUGAUGGUCUGACCCACCAGCUGAUUAUCAAAAACAUUGUGCCCUCUGACAACGGCAUGUACACACUCGACACUGGACUCUGCUCCUCAAAUGCUUGGCUUAUUGUAGAGUAUGCCAAAGGAAAGAGGAGACAGGGUGAAGGAGGUGAAAGAGAGAAAUCUGAGUGGCUGAAAGAAACAUUGCCAGAUGAAGACAGGGCUAAGAAACUUCGACGCAGAGAAUAUGUUGGUGAUGAAGAUCAUCUUAUGGACACUGGUGUGGAAGAAGAUGGCUGGUACAGAAAUGGUCAAGGUGGCAGUCAAGGCCACUCCACUGAUGUUGAUGGAAGCCAUAGAUUUUUAGGAAAACACAGGCUACGUGGAGCGGACAGAAACGGAAGGACAGGGUUUGGGCAGUUUUCUGGAGCAGACCUAGAUGGAGACUCAAUGACAUAUGAUGGUAUUAGCUUUGGAUUAAAAGGCUUAGGAGGCAAAGGUGGAUUAAGGCCUUUCCGUGGCAAGGAUUCUAUGACAGGGAGAGCAGAUACUGGUGAUGAAUUAGGAGGAGAAGGUGAAUGGUAUUCUGUGGAUGGCAGAGAUGAUGGUAUGCUGGAUGCUGUUAAAAUUGACAUGGAUGAUGGAGAAGGUGUGGGCUCUCAGCAUGACAAGGAUGGUAAAUUAGGUGAUACUAGUUACAGAGCUGGCUUUGGGGCUGUUGGGAGAUUAGGUGCUAGUGAUGGAAGUUCUGUGUUAGAUGGACUCAAUCCUGACUCAACUGGAGUGGGAGGUGGUAAGGGUGAUCUGCUCAGUAGGACUAGCCCAGGGACUGGAGCUAGAAAGAAUGCUGCAGGUACAGAGAUUGCAGGAGGAAUGAGGUCCCCCUAUGGCAAGGAUGGUCUGCCGACCGUAGUUGAUAUGAAUGGAGCAAGUAUAAGCAGAGAGGGACAAAAAGGGACUCCCUAUGGCAAGGAUGGCCUGACACUUCAUGCUAGCGGUCAUUUAGGUCAGGCAGGAAGGUCUGGCUUGCAGUGUGGCCCAGGUGGUCUUCCAGCUGGAGAUGGGGCUAUAUCUGGUGCAGGUGACAGUUCUAUAGGGGAAAUGGAGGCUUUAUAUGAUCCAGAUGGUCGGCCAGUUGGAGCAGGUGUUGGUGAUGCUGGUGUAGCUGGUGCAGGGGGAUUGGGUCUCCGUAUGGAAAGGAUGGCCUCCCAGCUGGAUCUGGUCUUGGUGGUGCUGGUGCAGGGGGAGUUGGGUCUCCCUAUGGAAAGGAUGGUCUCCCAGCUGGAGUAGGUGUUGGUGUUGGUGGCGCUCAUGUAGCUGGUGCAGGGGGAGUUGGAUCUCCCUAUGGAAAGGAUGGUCUUCCAGCUGGAGCAGG